GUUUUUUUAACAGAUAUAAAAAACACAAUUUAGGCCGACCGCUUAUAAUUGCAAUGACUUGUUUAAACGACACAUUAAAGUUUUUAACAAGCGAUAAAGCCUCCGGAACGCCGCGGAGCGGUACUGCGCAUAAACGGAACACCACGGGGCCGUACUGCGCAUAACAGGAACACCACGGGGUGGUACUGCGCAUAACCGGACCCGAACAGGGUAGUGUGGCGGAAUAGUUGAAACACGCGCCGCCGAGCUCCACCAUGCUGUCUAGCAGCUCCGUCCGCGUACGGCUCCACUUCGACUACCCGCCCCCCGGGGAGGAGCGCCGCCGGGUCUGGCUGCUCGUGGACUUGGACCAGUGCCGCGUGGUGGCGGACCUGGAGCACGUGAUCCGGGAGCGCUUCUCCCUCAGCUCGAGGAGCGUGCUUAACCUCUUCAUCGAUGGCUGCUACCUGCCGCCAACCGAGAGCAUCCGUGUGGUGCGCGACAACGACCUCGUCAGCGUUCAGGUGGACGGGCGUUCUGCUGAUCCAGAGGAGAGUCGAUCCAGUAAGAGGAGUCGGCGACACUCGGAGGUUGAACCUGAAGUAACGGACGUCUUUACGGAGGGGAAGAAGAAGAAGAGAAGGAAGAAGACCGAAGGUCGGGAGGACGAGAGCGAGCCUUGCCCCCCCGAGGAGGAGGAGGAGAAACACAUGAAGAAGAAGAAGGAGAGGAAGGAGAAGACAGCAGGGGGUCGGGAGGACGAGAGCGAGCCUUACCGAGAGGAGGAGAAGGAGGAGGAGGAGGGCGCACACAAGAAACACCUGAAGAAGAAGAAGAAGAAGAAGAAACAGACGCCCAUGUCCUCCAUCAUCCCGCUGACCCCAAGUGAGCAGCAGGUCAACAAGAUCCCCAAACCAGUAGUCCUUAAUGGUCCCAAACCAGUCCUCAAUGGUCCCAAACCAGUCCUCAAUGGUCCCAAACCAGUCCUCAAUGGUCCCAAACCAGUCCUUAAUGGUGGCGCAGAAGAGGUUUCCUCCUCGGCCUCCAGUGACAGUGAAGUGGGGGCCCCUGCUCCCUGUGUAACCUCCAAAGGUCAGAAGAAGACCCCCAGAAAGACCCCAGCGCCCCCCCGGGCCCCAGCGCCCCCCCGGGGGCCCCUGAAGGCCCCGCCAGCCUCGGGGAAACGCGCCCAGCCUCCUUCCUCUUCGUCCUCGUCAGACUCUUCCUCUGAGGAUACUCGAGCCCGGUCGACCGCCCCCCCCCCGGGCGGUCCCCGUACCCCCCUGACCCCUCAGACCGCCCCCCCCCCGGGCGGUCCCCGUGCCCCCCUGACCCCUCAGACGGCCUCGAGGCCGGCUCUGGGGGGGGCCUCGAGGCCCUCAGACUCUAGCAGCGAGGAGGAGAUCAAGCUGGUGAUCAGACGCCCACUGGGGGCGGAGCCCUGCGUGAGCUCUAGAGGGCGUGGCCGGGGGAGGGGCCAGCCCCGCGGCGGGGGAGGGGUCAACGGGGGGAGGGGGGAGGGUUGGGUCGGGAGGGGGACUCCUCUGGACUACGAACAGGAGGAGCGGCGGCACAGACCGGCGCUGGAGGACUCGCUGACCCACCAGAGUGCCGCCGACCCCCGACCGAGGAAGGACUACAGCAGCCUGCCGCUGCUCGCAGCUCCCCCCGGCGCCGGGCAGAGGAUCGUCUUUAAGCUGCUGGAGCUGACGGAGAACUACACCCCUGAGGUCUCGGAGUAUAAAGAGGGGAAGAUUCUCCAUUUUGACCACGCCACCAAGCAGGUGGAGAUGGAGCUGCUGGCCUCAUGGCAAGCCCCUGCAGAACCCGGUAAGUUCGACCUGGUCUACCAGAACGCAGACGGCUCGGAGAGCGUGGAGUACGCCGUGUCCCGGAGCGGCUCCCGGGUGACGGAGCGCUGGGACUCGCUACUCGAACCCCGCCUGCUGCUCUAGAACGCUGCCAUGCUGCUCUAGAUCAUCCUCCUAGAUCGGCUGCUGCUCCUCUAGAUCGGCUGCUGCUCCUCUAGAUCGGCUGCUGCUGCUCCUCUAGAUCGGCUGCUGCUGCUCCUCUAGAUCGGCUGCUGCUCCUCUAGAUCGGCUGCUGCUGCUCCUCUAGAUCGGCUGCUGCUGCACCUCUAGAUCGGCUGCUGCUGCACCUCUAGAUCGGCUGCUGCUGCUCCUCUAGAUCGGCUGCUGCUGCUCCUCUAGAUCGGCUGCUGCUGCUCCUCUAGAUCGGCUGCUGCUCCUCUAGAUCGGCCCCUGCUGCUCCUCUAGAUCGGCUGCUGCUGCUCCUCUAGAUCGGCUGCUGCUGCUCCUCUAGAUCGGCUGCUGCUGCUCCUCUAGAUCGGCUGCUGCUGCUCCUCUAGAUCGGCCCCUGCUGCUCCUCUAGAUCGGCUGCUGCUGCUCCUCUAGAUCGGCUGCUGCUGCUCCUCUAGAUCGGCUGCUGCUGCUCCUCUAGAUCGGCUGCUGCUGCUCCUCUAGAUCGGCUGCUGCUGCUCCUCUAGAUCGGCUGCUGCUCCUCUAGAUGCUCCAGAUCGGCUGCUUUGGUUUUGCUCUCCAGUUUCUGUAAUGUUGUUCCCAUGUCGACCAUAUGUUCAGAUGGUAAAAUGUGUUUGGACUCUUAUGAGCAUAUUUUAGUACAAACUACUAAGGUUAUGGCUGUUUUUAAGGAUUUAGAUACCAUUGUAAUUAAUUCAAUUUUUUUUAAGUUUUAAUAAAUAAAUUCAGCAUUCUUUGAA